CUGGUUGCCUGGGAGACGCGUGGCUGGCCUGGGAGCGGUCAGCAGACUGGGCUGCUUGGGCCAGGGAGCCGCGUCCUCAUCCGCGACCGCUCUCGAUGCUGAACUGCAGAGGAAUUCACGCACGGCCCUGAGUCACUGAAGCUCCCAUGGAGAAGUAUGAAAAACUGGCAAAGAUUGGAGAAGGCUCUUAUGGGGUGGUCUUCAAAUGCAGGAACAAAAACUCAGGCCAUGUGGUCGCUAUUAAAAAGUUCAUGGAGUCUGAAGAUGAUCCCAUGGUCAAGAAAAUUGCGCUGAGAGAAAUCCGAAUGUUGAAGCAACUGAAACACCCCAACCUCGUGAACCUCAUUGAGGUGUUCAGGAGAAAAAGGAAAAUGCACCUGGUGUUUGAAUACUGUGAUCAUACGCUUCUGAAUGAGCUGGAAAGAAACCCAAAUGGAGUGGCUGACAGAGUGACCAGAAGCGUGCUAUGGCAGGCACUCCAGGCACUGGACUUCUGCCACAAACACAACUGUGUCCACAGAGAUGUAAAACCAGAAAAUAUCCUCAUCACCAAGCAAGGUGUCAUCAAGAUCUGUGACUUUGGGUUUGCACGGAUCCUAAUCCCAGGAGACACCUACACAGACUACGUGGCCACCCGGUGGUACCGUGCGCCUGAACUGCUGGUGGGUGACACACAGUACGGCCCCGCAGUGGACGUGUGGGCCUCGGGCUGUGUGUGUGCUGAGCUCCUGGCUGGCCAGCCGCUCUGGCCUGGGAAGUCGGACGUGGACCAGCUCUACCUGAUCAUCAGGACUCUGGGAAAGCUCAUCCCAAGGCACCAGUCCAUCUUUAAAAGUAACCAGUUCUUCCGCGGUGUCAGCCUCCCAGAGCCAGAGGACAUGGAAACGCUCGAAGAGAAGUUCCCAGGUGCUCAUUCCCUGACACUGAACUUCAUGAAGGAGUGCCUGAAAAUGGACCCGGAUGAGAGGCCCACCUGUGCCCAGCUCUUGGAGAGCCCCUACUUUGACACCUGUCGUGAAGACCAAGGGAAAAGGAAAGCCCGUAGUGAAGGAAGGAGCAGAAGGCGCCCACAGAAUCAACUGCUGCCGCUCAUCCCGGGGAGCCAGCUGUCCCCAACCCCCGAUGGAAGGAAGCAGACCCUGCAGCUGACGGUCCACCACCUCCCCAACAUUUAGGAGAGGGUCAUCCAGCGGAGAGUGGUGUUCUGCCCCGAGAGAGAGUGAGCAGCGGGGAGUCCUCGGUGUUGCAGAGGCAAAUGAGCCCUAUGAAGAGUCCCCAGCCUACUAGCAUGGUCUGCUCUGAUCAUUACGGACCCCUCCCCCUCUGCUUCCCACCCAGCAGCUUAGUCCUCCAGAAUGGGCUGCGUAGAUGCUGUCCAGUUUGGAACCACAGGGAGAAAGGGUCAGCCUAAGUGGGUAAGGUGCUGUGGGCUCCGCUAGGAUUCCUGGGAAUCGCUGAGCAUGGCUCAGGGCAGCCCACACAAGCCCCUCACUGUGGCCCACACUCGAGGUGACUCCCCAUGUCCACAUUUUGAUGCUCUGAGAUUGAAACGGCUCCACUGAGUGAGGCUGGUAUUUGACCCUGCGUCUGUGUGUCUGUGGAGGGAAAGGGACCGUCAACUGUCCCCUCGAUUCCAGCCCAGACCAGGCUUUUUCUGUCUCCUGAGAGCUGGGUGGGCUUGUAUUGAAGCUCACUAGAGAAAGCCCCUCACAGACACGUGGCAAAGGGGAAGGAGGAUGAGAAAUCACCUCUGUCUCCAGGGCUGGCUUUCUGCACCUUGGGCUUUGUUUUUAAGAUUGAUUUUAUUUCUGAUGAGGUAGAGUGUUGAGAAAAAAGAGAAAUGGAGGGGGAGAGGGAGAGACCAGAGCACUUCUCUGGUUCACAGGGCAGCAAGGAUCCAGCUGAGAACAUAGAGCAGCAAAGUCCAGCACUCCACCAGCUGAACUAUCUCCCCAGCCCAUUGCCUCAGGCUUCCUUAUCCUUUCUUACUCCUGGCUAAAUCAUCUAAUUUACAGAAGCCCAUCCUCUUAGGCAUGUUCUGUAAAUAGUCUGUCUAUGCCGGAGGCCUCCGUGAGCUCGUUCAUGGAAGAAAGGCCAUGUAUGCCCAGACUCAUGAGCUGAAAAUCUCUCUUGGUCCAUUUUACCCGUGUCUCAUACCAAUAAAGAGACAGAGAGGGGUGGAGGGGGAGGAAAGACAGACCACCUUGGUGGGUAAGCCCAUUUCCCUUGGAGCCCUUUCCUGAGUGGACUUGAUGACACCCAUAUAAACCCAUGUGAUUAUAAA